UGUAGUCAGAGAAGGACUCAAUAAUCGAUAGGGGCCGUUGAUGCUGUGGAUCCAUCAGUGUGCAUCCAAACUUAGGCAACACUGUGGUGCACAUCCUAGCAUCUGCCAUCUGCUCGUGGACAUUGCGCUAUAAGGGUUAGAAUGUCAUCUAACUUUGCACUUGACAUAUUCUUCGUUCUUCAUGCUGGUCCGUGCAGAUGGUCAAGCAUCCGCUCAGCAUAACACCACGGUUGAGACACAUGGACGGAGAGCGGGUGAGGGAUCAUCACGCUCCGAUGUGCCGAUGUAUAUAGAUCAAGCAGAUUAUAUUUACCUCUAUGAUGAUUGCAGAUUGCAUGAGUACAUCGAAGAUUGUCAACAAUUUGAGUAUACCGUGCCGGUCGAGAUGCAUCAUAUGGAACAGCGUCGUCAUCAGUCGAAUGUUGUAGUGCGGUAUGGUGUAGUAGGUAAGGUUCCAAAUGAUCAUGCCUUAAGGGAAGCAUUUGGUAGGUUUCUUACGGACAACGAAGGACUUCGUUGGACUCGGGAUGAGUUGUUGGAUAUGUUGAAGAAGAAGGAGGAAGAACUGAAUGCUGUUAAGAGUGCGUUGGCGAGCAUUGAGCUCAACGCAAAGUCAGUCAUCGAAAGAUUCCUUCAAAAGGAACGAAACAAUGAGGUAAGAGAUUCCUCUGUGCCCGAUAGUGUGCAUGGCAAACAGGAGGCAAAACUUGACAUGGACAUGGAGAUGGGGAUUCGUUCUCGAAUGCGGUCUAAGAUUCGAGAUGAUUUGAUUGAUGAGAUUGCUAAGCUUAGCACCCAAGUUUAUCCCUAUCUGCUGGAAGAGUGUGAUGGUUUGCGUCGGCGACUCGAAAAGGCGGAAUGUGCAUUGAGGAGAUUGGUGUCAUGUCGUGGCCUCGCAGUGGCAGAUCCAUCUUCUAAAAAUUCAGUCUUCGAGUUUUCAUUAGAUGAAACUCUGGAGGCUCUUCCGAAAAGACAUCUGAUUGCGAUGUUACAUUCACUUCGAACUGUUGGUUUUGAGCUGGCGCAUAGAAAUGCAAUGUGGGAGGUGCAAAAUGCCAUGAAGUUUCCUAUGAGCGACAACCAGAUGAGGGCAACGGUAAUUAAUCUUGGCUAAUUGUAUAAGGAGGCACGCGAAGAGUUGAUGGAUGCUGUGUUUGUGGACAAAUUCGGUGACCAGUGGGAUUACCACUCCAAGUUUUAUUGGGCUCAGCGUCAUAAUGAGCAGGUGUACCAGCUUAGGAAAUUGCUUGCCGACGUCGUGCUAGCUCAUUCACCAAAACAAUUUAUGGAGGAGUUGAGCAAUGUGAAGAAAGAGUUGAAUGUUCUUGCAAGCAUGAAUAAAGAACAUGAAAAAAG